GGAAGCAAAAGCAGAGUCUUUUUCUUUGGUGAUUCUGUGAAAUGGAAGCUACGAGGAACUUGGUUUCUUCAUCUCCUUCGUUUCAGACAAAGACUCAUCUCAAGAGCUACUCUUCUCCUUCCUCAGUAGUGAUGCUUCAUGAGCAAACAACAACUCCUGUAGUUAACUCACGUCAUCUCAAUUCUCUAUCUCGACAUUUUCCUGCGUCGGUUCUCUCACAGGAGCCACGGGAAGAGUCUAGGCCUUUGUCACAUGCGUUAAGAGAAGACAGAACAUCCCAGUUGACUCUGGAGAGGAGGCAGUUUGAUGAAUUGGUUUCAUCUCGAGAAGAUGAGAAAUUUGAACAGCAACUUCUUCACUCUGCUGGUUUAUGGAAUUUAUUGAUAUCUCCUUUAACAGCUGAAACGAAAUUGCCGGCAGUUGUACCGCCCUUAGCAGAUGCAGAGCUUUGUGAUAUUGUUGCACUCGCUCAGAAGGCUUUAUCAGCUUCAAAACAAGCUGCAUUGUUAGCUGACGACACUGAAGCUAAUCCAUCUGACAACACCGGGGAUUCUCUCUCCACUAGCUCCUCUAUGUCCUUACCGGAAAAGGGAACCAUAGUAAGAUCGAAGCGGCAGCUGGAGAGACGAGCAAAGAACAGACGGGCUCCUAAAUCAAACGAUGUGGACAAAGAGGGUUAUGUUCCUCAGAAAAUUAGUGCCAAGAAAAAGUUUAAACAAGGGGUUGAUACUGAUGAUGCGCUUCAACUCUUCUUGUGGGGACCUGAGACAAAACAACUUCUGACUGCUAAAGAGGAAGCUGAGCUGAUAUCACAUAUACAGCAUUUAUUAAAGUUGGAGAAGGUAAAGACUAAACUUGAAUCUCAAAACGGCUGCGAACCAACAAUAGGCGAGUGGGCUGAAGCUAUGGGGCUAAGUUCCCCUGCCUUAAAAUCUGAAAUCCACCGUGGUAGAAGCAGCCGGGAAAAGUUGAUUACAGCAAACCUACGUCUGGUAGUCCAUAUAGCUAAACAAUAUCAGAAUCGUGGACUCAACUUUCAGGACUUAUUGCAGGAAGGAAGCAUGGGGCUAAUGAAAAGUGUAGAAAAGUUCAAACCACAAUCCGGAUGCAGAUUCGCUACUUACGCCUACUGGUGGAUUCGGCAAUCCAUAAGAAAGUCUAUAUUUCAAAACUCGAGGACAAUCCGUUUGCCGGAGAACGUAUACAUGCUACUAGGCAAAGUAUCGGAAGCCAGGAAAACGUGCGUGCAGGAAGGAAACUACCGUCCAAGUAAAGAGCAACUAGCCGGCCACGUUGGGGUUUCAACAGAGAAGCUGGAUAAACUGCUGUACAAUACAAGAACACCUCUUUCAAUGCAACAACCCAUUUGGUCUGAUCAAGACACCACCUUUCAGGAAAUAACACCAGACAGUGGGAUUGAGACACCAACGAUGAGCGUGGGGAAGCAGAUGAUGAGGAACCAUGUACGGAAUCUCCUAAAUGUACUGAGCCCAAAGGAGAGAAGGAUCAUCAAGCUGAGAUUUGGGAUUGAUGGCGGUAAACAGAGAUCGUUAUCGGAAAUAGGAGAGAUUUACGGACUGUCGAAGGAGAGGGUAAGGCAGUUAGAGAGCCGGGCAUUGUACAGGCUUAAGCAGAACAUGAACAGCCAUGGACUCCAUGCUUAUGCUGAUUUGCUUGUCUAGCUCAUGGAGAUAUUGGUUUCUUCUAUUAAUAAUGGUAUGUGUAUACAAAAUAUACUUUUGUUAUAUAAGGGUUUUUGUUGAUAUUCUGAGGAAUAGUGUUUUCUUGGAUAAGAGUUUUGUCUUUAAAACUUUUUCUUAAGUUUGGUAAUGAAGGAAAAAGAGGGAUUACCACACUUUCAUAAUUUGUUUAUUUCUGAUUGAUGUGUAAUUGUGCAUAUCUGUUUUACUUCUUUUAAUCAAAUUUUCACGAAUGC